AUGGCCACCCUCGUCCCCGCGCCCUCCUUCCGUGCGUCCGGCUCGCCCAUCAAGACCGCGCAGCUCCCCGCCAAGUCCUACGUCCUCGCCAUCGCAUCGCUCCCCUCCUUCUACGCUGCCGCCGCCUCCGCCCCGUCCAAUGCCGUCCACAUCUUCGACAAGGAACGCCUCCGCCUCGUCCUCUCCCUCUCUGAGCCCGAAGCCCCGAUAACCGCACUCAGAUCCGUGCCCACCGUCGCAGGCUCCGCUCCCCAGGCCCUCGUCUCCGCCUCCAAGGACGGCUGUGUCCGUGUGUGGGACGAGCGUGCCGCCACCGCCGCUCUCCGUUUGACCGCAUCGACCGCCGGCACACCCCGCGCGCUGCUCUCGUGCGACGUCUCCUCGGACGGAUUGACAAUCGCUGCCGGCACUGACCUCAAGGGCGACGACGCGUCGAUUCUGUACUGGGACCCGCGGAACCCGGCCGCGCCGCUGCGGACGCACGCCUCGACGCACUCGGACGACAUCACCGCGCUGCACUUCUACCGCCCGCCGCCGCACGCGGCGCACGCGCCCGGGCUCACCCCGCGCACGCUCCUCUCCGCGUCCUCGGACGGGCUGCUGUGCACGUCCGACGCGGCGGAGGCGGACGAGGACGAGGCGGGGGUGCACGUCGGCAACUGGGGCUGCUCCGUCGCCCAGGCCGGCUGGGUGCACGACCGCACCGGCGCCGCGGGCGUGUGGGCCGCGAGCGACAUGGAGACGUUCAGCGUCUGGUCGAGCGAGCUCGACCGCCUGCAGGACACCGACAUCCGCCAGCCGUCGGUGCACCGCGAGGAGCUCAGCUGGGUGACCGACUACCUCGUCGGCUGCCACAUCUCCUCGCGCGCGCUCGCCGGCGCGCCGAACGCGGACAACGCGCUCUGCGUCUUCGUCGGCUCGAACGAGGGCCACAUCUCGCUCGUCUCCCACCCGACGUUCGACGACCCAUGGCUGCUGCACCGGACGUGGACGCACGCGCACGCCGGCGUCGUCCGCGCCGUGCACUGGGACGAGACCGCCGGGAUCCUCCUCACCGGCGGCGAAGACGGCAAGCUGAACGUGUGGACCGCGCCCGUGCUCGGCCCGCCCGACGGCGCCGAGGGCAUCCCGCGCUCGGGGCGGCCCGUCGCGCCGUCGAUCGCCGCCGCGCUCGCCUCGCGCAAGCGCGCGCCGGAGGACGAGGACGAGGGUGAAGGCAUGGACGUCGACGAGGCGGAUGACCUCUCCGACGGCGAGAUGCGUGACGACUCCGACCCUGACGACGCUGGGCCCUCGACGGCGCCGGCGACGACGCGGAAGCAGCGCAAGAGGCAGAGGCGACGAAACUAG